UCGUCGUCGCAGCUUCAUCUCUCUCUAUACUAUAGUCUCUCUGUGCGUACACACGGCUCGAGUCCCGGCCUCACACACAGAUAGAAGAGAUGUCAGGGUAUGGGCAGAGGUUGAUCCAGCUUUGGAACGACUGGCAGCUCAGCGCGGCGGUGCUGCUAAGCCUCUCCCUGCAGCUCCUCCUCCUGAGCACCGCCGGCCUCCGGAGACGCACGCCACCUAGCUGGUGCAGUAAGUCCUACUUCUGGGCUCUUUACAUCGGAUCCAGGUUCAUAGCCCCUUACGCCCUCGGCAUCCUCUCCCGCGCUUCCAAGGGGGACGCCGACGCCGACAUCCAAGCGUUCUGGGCGGCCCUCCUCCUGUUCCACCUCGGAGGCGUCGAUGACUUCACCGCCUUGUCCCUGGAGGACAACAAGCUCUGGGUUCGGCGCGGCUUCGAGACGGCCAUACAUGUGCUCACCACCGGAUAUGUGUUCUUCCGCUACUUCCUGGACCCUGCAUUCCGGCGCUUCAUCGUGCCCUUCGCGCUCGUCUACUUGGCCGGAUUGGUGAAGUACGUGGAGCAAGUCGUUGCCCUGAAGAGAGCAACGAUGGAGGCGCUCAUAGAGUCGGUCCUCGGGACUCCCGAUGCUGGCCCGGACUACGACGACUUCAUGGAUCGUGUGAAUGGGAUCCUGAGAUCCGGUGUCCUGCCGUCCCUCAACACCGGCAACGAAGGCGUUGACCGGCCGAACUCAGAUCUGCACAAUGCCGACGCUCCGGUGACCACGGUAGCAGACCGUAGACAACUGCAAACGCCGGAGCAGGCCAUGGAAAUCGUCGCCUCAGCGCGCUUUCUGUACGGGAUGUUCAAGGUACUUUUCGCUGAUGGUAUAUUCAGCUUCAAGGAGAGGCGAGAUGGUCAGGCUAAGUUCUCGGAUCCAGAUGCGAGCUGGCGGGCCUUCAAAGUCGUCGAGAUCGAGCUCAGUUUCGUGUAUGAUCGGCUCUACACCAAGGCUUCGAUGUCGCGCAACAGAGUCGGGCUGAUUAUCCGGGUCGCCAGCCUGCUGCUGACCCUUGCAGGCAGCCUCUACACAUUGUUCACUACAUGGCAUGCAAGCCAGUACAAGCUGAGGCACCGAUGUGUCACGUACACUCUACUUGCUGGUGCCGUGCUUGCUGACAUUACCAUACUUGUAGCUCGUGUCUUCAACAUCCGAUCACCACUGCUGGGAAGCAAGUGGCUGAAAUGUGCAGCUCUGAGGUUGGUGAAUCGCAGGAGAUGGUCCGGUUACAUGGCGCAGUCCAAUCUGAUCACGUUCUGCCUGCAAAAUCUACCCUCGGAGUCAGAGUUGGUUGCUUUUAUCCAUCGGGUGACGAACAUCUACCGUGGUACUCGAGGAGGGCGAACACCGGACCUUGGCCCCUUGGGAAUGCAGGCGGCAGUGGUUUCUCCUCUUCUCAACUUAAUUGUACAGGAGAUCCAGGAAGCGGAUGUUUUGCAGAGGUACUUUGAAAGGCGAUCUCUAAUUGAUCAAAUAAGAUCAAGAAGCUUCUGGAAGUACUACAAGAAAACAAAGCACGUUCCGGUACGUGAGGAACUCAAAGACUUCAUCUUCAAACAACUGAAGAAGAAGGAGAGCCAGUUCAAUGCCUGGGAGCGGGAGAGACGUGGAAAGGCUAGAUCAGGAACAUCGGAUAGCAGGGCAGAGGCUGGAGGAACAUCGGGGGAGAACCGCAACCCCGUCACCGCCAGGGGUGACCAGGUUCUGAAGGAGAGAGGCAUUGCCGGUCUAGAGUGGAGCCUACAGGAGAAAGAGUUUGACGAGAGCCUGCUCAUAUGGCACAUCGCGACCGAUUUGUGUUUCCGCCAAGAAGACAGCAACAACCAAGAAGGCAAUCCCGAAACCAUGGAAACCAGGAACCACUCCCACAUGGAAAUGGCAAGAGAGCUGUCAAAUUAUAUGCUCUACAUCAUGGUGGUGCACCCGUUGAUGCUAUCCUCCUCCACCACCAUGGCAACCAAGAGGUGCAGGGACACAUGCGCAGAAGCCAGGAGGCACUUCUUGAAGAAGCACGUCGUUGCUAUGGCUCGGUCUUCCGUCGCAAGAGAUUCCAGAAGAAAGGAAGACGCAAAAGAUGGUAACGAGGCGGUGGGUGAAAAGAACGCCCACGCCUCCCUGCUCGAAGUGGUCGAGGUCACCCCGCUGCAGGCGUCGGCGGUGAAGGGGGACAAGAGUAAGUCGGUGCUGUGGGAUGGGUGCUUCCUCGCCAAGGAGCUGACGCAGAUCAUGGGCGACCCAAAGGAGAAGUGGGAGGUCAUAAGCGAGGUGUGGGUGGAGAUGCUGUGCUACGCGGCGGUGCACUGUGGAGGGUACCAGCACGCGGAGCGGCUCAAGGAGGGCGGGGAGCUCAUCACCUUCGUCUGCCUCCUGAUGACCCAUCUGGGGAUGGGGAAGCAUUACAGGACCGAGGUCGGGGACGCGUAUCCGCACGUGUCGCCUUAUACUGCUUAGUAAGUUGCUCUCUCCCGGGCGACCCCUCCCCAAGCUGCCUCAAGGAACCCAGCAGAAAUCAUUCCACAUGCCAUGAAACUUCUCCUCAGGUUGUGAUUCAUUUGUGAAUGGAUUAGUGUCUACCACUUUGUUUGAUGCGCUACGCAGAUUGAGUAUGCAUGUACGUGCUGUGAUUGUUCGUCCCUUAUUCGUCUUCUUUCUUUGUUUGCUUGUUCCCGAAGCUGCUACUUAACUGUGUCUAUCCUUCAGAGUAUUUGUAAGUCUGAAUAAAGUGGAAACCACCGCUGUUGAAA